GCAAAAUAUGACAUAUCCAACUGAAUGAUAAUUACUAUGUGUACAUUAAUAAAAUUUAGAGUUUUGGCAAUCGUUUCACAUUGAAGAAGAUACUUUUCAUUUCAAAAUUCAAGGUCGACUAUAUCAAAAAAAAAAAAAAAAAAAAAAAAUACAAUUAAAGGCAUUCUUUGUUUGUCGCUGAUUCUUUGAUAUGUUCCAUGUCUUAUUCAUCCUAUAGGUCCACCUUACGCCUUAUUAAGUUCGGUUUACCAAUUCUCCACGGGAUACCGAUACUAGCGACGAUAGUUUGAGAUAUAUUAUUUUUUGUCCAAUAAUGUAUUGCAGCUCGGCUAAUUAGACUCAACAUUAUCGGAAGAGUAUUCGCAUUGCGACGAAUCCUUAAAAUGCAGAUGUACCAUUCUUAGUUUACAGCUAAGACGGCUCAAUUGAAAGUCUUUAGACAAGUCGGAUACUUCGUUUUCCGAGACUAAUUCUUAAAGGAUCUAAGUGCUUUACGUUAAAAUCAGCUUUGCCUUUACUGUCCAAAUAUAACAUUGCGCAGGCCGACAUUGUAACGAGGGGAAGUAACCCAAGGGGAGAAACAACUUUCAGAAUAGCACACGUUUCAGUCUGAAUUAAUACUCGUUGUCGUUUCUGCAGUUCUGAGCUAAAUCUGUUGGUCUUUGAAACACGGCACAAUAGAUCAAACUUUGUUGCUGUGCUUGGACAUGUCAGUAAAGGAUAUAUUCAAGGGACUAAGACAACUUAAAGGUGGAAACAUAUAUUUACUUUUUUCUCUUGUCUUUAGAUCUUCUCGGUUAUCUUGCUUUGGUAAACCAUGUACUCUUACGGAAAUAACCAAAGAGAAGAUGAUCUUUCUAUAAUAAUUGCGUCCAAUGUUUCUUUGGAGGAGAAAACAACGAUUGAGAAGUUGUCCUUUUUCGAGAACGAUGGUCCUCUCGAUACCGUCAACUUGGUUAAAACAGUAGAAGACAAAGUAGGGAAUCCUAUUAAAAGGUUUUUCAAAAGUUUUCGCCGCGCAAGACUAUGCGACGCAUUUGCCUUACAGCGAAAACUCAAGAGCCGUCAUAUCCGCAUGAUAGCGAUUGGAAGCACUAUUGGGUUUGGCUUUUGGGUCGGAUGUGGAAAUUCCCUUUCAAAAGGCGGUGCUGCUGCCGUUCUCAUAAAUUACGUUAUACUCGGUAGUGUGGUUCUAACAACAAUGUUCUCACUUGGGGAAUUAGCAGCGAACUAUCCCGUCCCCGGAUCAUAUUUAACUUUAGCUGGUCAGUUCAUAGACCAAUCGUGGAGUUUUGCUAUACAUUGGAAUUUUAUUUUUGGCAGCUUGGUUAGUACACCAGUCGAAAUUAUCACUGCUUGUAUGUGCAUGACUUAUUGGACAAGCUUAAAUAGCGGUGUUUGGGUCACCGUGUUUAUUGUUCUUUUUAUCUUCAUUAAUAUUUUCGGCGUAAGGGGUUAUGGCGAAAUUGAGUUCAUUCUUUGUGGUAUUAAAGUGAUCUCAAUCAUUGUCUUCAUUAUCAUUGGAAUCGUUAUCGAUUGCGGUGGGGUUACAACAGACAACCGUGGAUAUAUUGGUAUGCGAAUUUUUCAAAGUAAUGCCUUUACUCAUGGGUUUCGUGGAUUUUGUGCAGUAUUCUUGCAUGCAGCAUACUCUUAUUCUGGAUCGGAAUCAAUUGGAUUCACAGCAGCUGAAACUGAGAAUCCUGCAAAGCGGUUCCCAAAAGCAGUUAAACACACGGUUUACCGUAUUGUUCUGUUUUAUGUUAUUGGCAUGUUUGUGUUAAGCCUUUUGGUGAGCGGAAAGGACCCAAGACUUUUUGAUCAUUCCAAGAACAUGAUUAGUCCUUUCAUUUUGGCCCUCAAAGAUGCCGGAUUUAAGGCGCUACCUUCCAUAUUUAAUGCCGCAAUACUUAUAUCUAUAUUAUCUGCCGCAAAUUCCAAUAUAUACACAGGAAGUCGAGCCAUCCAUUCCGCCGCUGUUAAUGGAUUUGCACCAAAAUGGUUUGCUUAUGUUGAUCGCGCAGGUCGACCCUUAGUGGCACUCUCUAUGUUGAUAUUGUUUUGCGGACUAGCAUAUUUAUGUGAGACUGAGACAAACUAUUCUAUUUUUUCAUGGCUAAUGGCUGUGUAUGGCCUCGGGACAUUGUUCAGCUGGGGAACAAUCAGUCUUGUGCACGUACGAUUAAGACUUGCGAUGAAAACUCAAAGUGUAUCAAUAAAACGGCUCAGCUAUGCCUCCCCAUUCGGUAUAUACGGUUCUUACUACAGUUUACUUUGGACCCUUUUAAUGGUAACUGCUCAACUAUACGUUGCUAUCGUUCCGACUUUUGAUAAACCAAACAUUACACAUUUUUUCAGGCAUUAUUUGUCUAUGCCUGUUAUAAUUCUUUUAAUCUUGAUACACAAACUAUGCACAAGGUCUCCAUGGCUAAAACUUAAAGACAUUGAUUUGUUAUUAGGUUUUAAUGAUACUUUCAAACCUAAUAUUUACGAUGAGUUUGAAAAAAACAGUCCAGGAACAAAGGAAUACCAAAAAAGUGGCUAAAUCUCAAAACUACCUAUGCUCAGCCAAUAACACAUGUGGCUCUUAGAAAAUGUAUUAGUAAUCACCGUUUGCAUUGAAGCUUUUGAGUGACGCGAUCUUUCAUUAAAAAACAUUGUUUCUGGGUUAAUUUAAAAAGCUUGUUAUACAGUUAUACUUUAAUAUAAUAGUAUUAAUAAUAAAUUACUUCAAAUAAAGAGUUUGUUU